UGCGAGCGCGACUGAUGAAAAGUGGUGCAAUUAUUAAAUCACUGUGCAAUUGAAACAAAAUCAAAAUUGGACCUUUCGGUAAAUUAGUAAGGGCAUAUCAGACAUUGAAUAUGUCCCACAGAACACUGAUAGACUUCGUGGUUAAGUACCACACACCGCGGCUGUUAAAUAACGUUGUAUUUUUUCCAAGCAAUGGAAACUCAUAUUUCAGCCGAAGAUUGUUUUUCCCUGCUCCACUAUCUUCAUCAACACCUAAAGUACAGUCGCCCAGAAGCUUUAGUACAUCGGCACCAAAAAUUAACGAGAUCCAAUUGACUCCAAAACCCAAGAAGACCGAAGGAACUUUCCAGUUGAUGUUUACAUGUAAGAAAUGCAACACAAGAAACACGAAAUUCAUUUCAAAACUAGCGUAUUACAAAGGAGUUGUCAUCGUAAUUUGCGAAGGCUGUGAUAAUAAACAUUUAAUAGCUGAUAACUUAAACUGGUUUACUGACAUGAAUGGUAAGAAAAAUAUCGAAGAUAUAAUGGCAGAAAAAGGUGAAACUGUUCAGAAAAUUAUGUCGGCCGACCUGGAAUUUAUUGCUAAAGAAAUGGCCAAAGGCAUUGAAAAGAAUGAAGACAAGUUAUUGCUAAAAGAGUGAAGGUGUUGGAAUAGG